CGGUCUCGUUCCAAUGAAUUCAAAAUAAAUCUUUUCCGACCGGUGCGGUGGGAGACAAUAAACAAGGUUGUACCUAUAUAUAAUACUCCCAGUAUUGUUAACGAUAAAGUACUUUACCAGAUCUCGUGGGUACUUGAACUAUAAUAAGUGUCAAAAUGCAAAUUGUAGUAAUUUGCCUUUGCCUUUUUGUGGCAGCAGCCCAUGCAGGAGGCUAUGGUUUACUAAACACGAAUGGCUACGGAAGCUAUGGAAGUGGUUACGGAGGAUACAAUGGAUAUAAUAGUUUAGGAUAUGGAGGUUAUAACAGCCUUUACGGAAAGGAUUAUGGAGGUUAUUCGGGCGUUGGAGGCUAUUCCGGUGUCGGCAGUUAUUCAGGCUAUGGUGGUUAUGGAGGUUCUGGAAGUUAUGGAGGAUAUGGAGGUUAUGGAGGCUAUGGAGGUUAUUCAGGCUACAAACCUGGUUAUUACAGACCUGGAUAUGGAGGUAGUUAUGGAAGUUAUAACCCAGGGUAUGGAGGUAACUACUAUCCAGGCAAUAGCGGAUGGAACAACUAUAAUGACUAUGACUACAACGGAUACAGAGGAUACGGAUCAUCUUAUGGAGGUUACGGAGGUACCAACUUUUUGGGAGGCGGCUACAGACCAUACAGCGGCAGCGGCUGGUCGUCAAGCAAAUACUACAAAUGAGUCUUUUUGAGGACUAAUUAUUGUGAUAUUAUUAAGGAUAAGUUUAAAAAUAUGUUUAUAUGAAGUGUUGUAUACCAAAAAACAUGUAAAUAAAUACACUUUUGUUAACAUUAA